AUGUCGCUAAUCUACAAUUACCUCACACUGGAAAAAAGAGAUAAUUUGUUGAUCAUGAAAUAUAGCGUAUUCGAAUUAAUCUUUCAAGAGGUCACAAUGAAUCUACGUGAUAUAUCUUCAAUGACGAAUAUGCUAUCAUGUGUCGUGUUCGCGGUGAUUCUGGUUUCAGCGAAGUCCGCGAAGAUACUGGGUAUCUUCAUGACCCCCAGCCAUAGCCAUCAACAAGUGUUUCAACCCAUAUGGAGGGAAUUGUCUUUAAGAGGUCACGAAGUUACAGUUUUCACCCCAAAUCCGCUAAAAGAUCCCUCGUUGACAAACCUCACCGAAAUCGACUUGAGCUUUUCUUAUGAUGUUUUUCUAAACCACAGUCAUAAAAAUUUCAAGUGGGAGUCCAAGUCAGAAGAGAUAAAAGCCCUCUUCGAAGGAUUUUCCGCUGUCUUCCACGACCAAAUCUCUUCCCCGGAGAUGCAGAAGUUGCUGGCAAAUAAAAACAAAGUGAAGUACGACUUGUUCCUCGUAGAGAACCUAUAUCCUUGUAUGUAUGCCUUCAAGGACGUAUUCGAUUGCCCAAUGAUAGGAAUCACUUCUUUACCUCUUACUAUUAGUGCUGUUCAGAUGUUGGGGCUGGUGAAACAUCCAGUACUGGACCCUGAUUUAUUUCUACCGUUCUCUGUGGAUCUGUCUUUUAAGGAAAGAGUAACGAGUACUAUUUUUUACAGUAUUUUUAAAUUAAAUGGUUAUUUCAAUUUGGCGCCUAAACUGAAUGCGGAAACCAGAAAGUACUUUGGACCAAAGACUAGAGAUGUGUAUACAAUCGCUAGCGAAAUGAGUCUGAUUUUAGGUAACUUUAACUAUGUAACUCAGAAUAUUAGGCCCCAUGUACCUGCUUUUGUGGAAAUUUCUGGGAUACAUUUGCAACCCGAGAAGCCUUUGCCUAAGGACCUGAAGCAAAUCUUGGACGAAUCUAAGGAGGGGGUUGUGUAUUUCAAUUUGGGCUCCAACGUGAAGAGUUCUCUCUUGCCACGUGACAAGUUAGACGCCAUUCUGUCUGCUUUUUCGGAACUGGAGUACAAAGUACUGUUCAAGUUCGAAACUGAUGAUCUUACAAAUGUUUCAAGUGUACCUAGCAACGUCGAAAUUAGGAAAUGGUUCCCUCAACAAGACGUACUGAGGCAUCCAAACGUCAAAUUGUUCGUCACUCAAGGAGGAUUGCAGUCAAUCGAUGAGGCACUAAAUGCCAAAGUUCCCCUUUUGAUUAUCGCCGUCUUUGGAGAUCAGCUGUUCAAUGCCCAUAAGAUGGUCAGCAGCGGGGCUGGACUUUCCAUCGAUUUCGACAACUUAAGCAAAGGGGAAUUGGUGGAGAAAAUAAAUAAAGUCAUCCAAAAUCCAGAGUACAAGAAAACUGUCAGCAAACUGGGAGCAAUAGCCUUCGAUCAUCAAGUUCCGCCACUGGAGAAGGCCGUAUGGUGGAUCGAAUACGUCUUGAGGCACAACGGGGCUCAUCAUUUAAGAUACAAAGGGGCUGGUAUGCCUUUUUACCAGUAUUAUCUGUUAGAUGUCUUCUGCUUCCUAGGACUGGUUUGCGCUCUUACCACUUACUCUGUUUUCAAAAUAGCUAAAAUGCUCAUCUUAGGAAUUAGGUUUAUUAGUCGAAAUAGGAAACCAAACGAAUCCUUGAAGAAAUCUCAAUAGUUAAUAGAUAUUAUAAUUUUAGAUAUUAUUUUUAAUGUGGACUGAAAAAUUAGAGCGUGUUUUUAUCUUUUAUAUGAUUCUUUAAAUUUUGAAGAUCGUAUCGAUUUAGUAAAUAAGUGUUUGUUUACGUCUGUAAGCUUGUUUAAGGUAAAAUGAACAUAGAAUAUGUUUCAUUUAAAUUCUAUACCGAAGUAUUAUUUAUUAUGUGUUCAAAAAUAAAAGAUAUGCAUAUUUACACAAAUUAUUUUUUGCUACAAUACAAAUUUUGCUACUCUAUGCCUUAACUAGCAUUGAACUACUCCAAAAUAUUUAGGAAAUAGCUGGUAAUAAACAGUAUAAAAAAUCUUAUCCGUACAUAGUAUACAGAUGAGAAAAAAGUUAUUUUCAAAAAUAUUGUAACUACACAGAUAUCUGAGAUGUGUAGAUUAAUGGAAUUUUGUGUACAACUCAAUAAAAAUAUGGAGUACAAAGAGUAAAAUUUAUGAAACCAGUAAACGAUCUGUUCCUUGGACUUUGUCUUUUGUAGAUAUUCUUAUUUGUUUUUCAGUUUCGGGUGGAUAUAUCAGAAACCUUGGCCAAGUAACAUUAGAUAUAGUUUGAUGAGCACCUUAUUGUUAGGCGUAAUCUCUAGAUAAUAAAGAGUUUAUUUAAACGUUA